AUGGCCGAGCGCGCCCGCGCCCUGGAGCUGCUGGCCAUGUUGCUGUACGCCGGGGCCUGGCUGUGCAUUCUGGGGGCGACAGUGUCCCCUCGCUGGCUCAGUAUGUCCACCUCACUGUUACCCAUGGAGAGCUACGAACUGGGCUUAUGGGAGACCUGCGUGGUUCAGGACACAGGAGGCAUGGAGUGCCGUGCCUACGACAGCCUCUUGGGCCUCUCGCUGGACCUCCAGUUGGGUCGCGUGCUCACCUGCGCCUCCCUGGCAGUUGGCGCUUUAGGCUUCCUGGUGGCCAUUCCUGGGUUGUCGCUGGUCAACGGGUGCGAGGACGACGGUGCAAAAAUGACUUUGAGCACCGCGGGAGGGGUGCUAGGGAUGCUCUCCGGGGUUCUGUGUUUGAUCCCCGUCUCAUACGUGGCGCACUCGGCCGUGGUGCGCUUUUUCGACGACACCUUGCCCGACGUGGUGCCUCGAUGGGAGUUCGGCGACGCUCUGUUCUGCGGGUGGGCGGGGGGUUUCGUCCUGGCGGUGGCCGGACUGCUCCUGGUGGUCACCGCCCGCUCGGCCGUCCAAGCAGCGCCCCCUCCGGCAGCCCCGCAAAGGAGGUACCAGGUGAUGAACACGGUGCUGGCGCGGGCCGAGUAUGUAUGA